AUGUCCAAACACGUCGUCUUCGACGUCGUAGGCACCUGUGUCGCCUUCGACGCCUUCUACAACCGCAUCGACCAUGUCCUCGGCGCGCGACUGCUGUCUCAUAACAUCACAUCUUCCUUCUUCGGCUUCACCUGGAUGACAGCUGCGGAGCUCGAAUUCACCUUCCUCUCCAUAUCAGAGCGGUACAGACCCUACCGGGACGUGCUGAAAGCCGUAUUCUACCGCACGCUGCACAUGGCAGGGAUCAAAGAGCCACGGGCCUUCGCAACAGACGCCGAACGAGACGAAUGCGCACAGGGAUACUCGGAGCUGGCACUUCGGCCCGGCACGAAAGAAUGUUUUGCGAGGCUCCGAGAGGCAGGGUUCACGGUCUGGUGUCUUACGACGGGCGACACGAAACGGGUGCGGGGGUACUUUGAGCGCGGUGGCGUGGAUAUGCCGCUGGAGAAUUUUAUCAGUUGCGAUUCACACGGCAUAGCGAAACCGAGUCUCAAGGCGUAUAUACCGGCGCUGGAGAAGCUCGCGCCGCAGGAUGUGAAGUGGUUUGCGGCGGCGCAUAUGUGGGACGUUUCGGCUGCGACGAAGGUGGGUUUUCGAGGAGCGUAUUGUACGGUUUAUGAGAAGGAGGCGUGUGAGGAGAUCUUUGAUGCGAAGAUGGAUGUUAUUGCGGAUUCUUUACCUGAGCUGGCCGAUGGGAUCGUGGCUGCUUCGUUAUGA